GUUUUGAUCAGUCGCCAAAUAUUCAAGACAACGAACAUGCUAUUAUUUGUAUAUCGGAUGCCGACGUUAUUCAACCUCUUAUUUCGUCACAGCUUGAACGAAGAUGUUCUCGAUGUUUGGAUCAUAAUGAAGAACUGUCCCAGGAGGAUGUCUCAAGCUUUGAUUCCACUGGCAUGUUUUAUUUUACACCACCACGGCAAAUCGAAGAUGCUAUUAUCGAUGCUAAUUUACUUCGAGACCAUCGUGCCUCGUUUCGUGUAAAACGUACUAUACAAGACCAAACAACAGCUUUCAAACAUCCUCUUCACUUUAAAGAUCAUGUAAUCGUGUGCCUCCAUGCAGACAAAACAUCGCCAAGCAUUGGCCUACAAAAUCUGAUCAUGCCUCUUCGUGCAAGCUCGUUUCAUCGUCGCGAAUUACCGACCAUUGUUUUUGUCACCGAACUUGACUAUAUUCGAAAAGAAUGGGAUAUGAUAUCGACUUUUCCUGACAUUUAUAUUCUCAAUGGUUCGCCAAUAAAUCCCUACAAUCUAAAAUUAAUCUCGAUCCAAGACUGUCGUCAAUGUGUCAUUAUGUCCAUGUUGGAUCAUGGAAAUGUAGACAAGUAUUUGGUUGAUAAAUCGUCGGUUCUGUGUGCUCUUAGCAUUCGACAAAUAGAAAUGAAAUCGGCCGGAUUAAUUUCAGCUCGAAGUUUAACAAGGAAAAGCAGAAUUGAGUCCGAUAUGACUCAACUCAAGGUUACACAUCACAAUCGAAUUCACACGCUAACCACACUGACAAUUGAUUCGAAUGUUCAAUAUGUAGAACAAGGUUAUACAGACGAAGCAGAUCUGCAAUUCUUUUUAACUACUCCAUUUGCAUCGGGUGCUGCUUUUGCCGACAGUGUACUUGAUUGCCUAUUGAGUUGUGCUUAUUACAAUAACAAUGCGGUCGACCUUCUUCGAAACAUUCUAAUGGGUGGUAUCGAUCUACAAUUGGAGAAAGUCCUAGCUGAGGGCAAACGCUUUGUUCAAUGUGAAACACCAGAGAUACUUCGAAAGCGAAAUCGAGCACGAGUAGCCUUGGUCGAGAUUCGUGAUCUUAUUCCAGACAUUGAUUCAAGAUAUGCACAAUUACGUUAUCAAUGA